GGGGUUUGGGGUGGUCCAGACAGUCGCUCCUUGUGUACCUCACACACUCAGCCUCUGCGCAUCAUUUAAAGGGGAGCCCGGCUGUCGCUUCCCCCGGUCAGACUCACCUCCUGGCUGCGUUAUAAAAAAAACAAAAAAAAAAACACAAUAGCUCCAACCCUACUCCACCACUUUAUCUCCCCUCUUUUUUUUUCUCUCUCUCUCUCUCUCUUCUUUUAUUUUAUUCUUUUCGUCUGAAGCCAACCGGUCAACUUAAAACCGACUCGCACCACCAUUAUAUGGAAAAUACAGGACUGCCGGGCGCAUUUAUUCUCUCCUGCCCGAGAGGAAGCGCACGGUGGAAAACGUUUGAGGAAAGAAAAGCAGGCGUGAUUCUUGGACGUACGGCGCAUCAUGAGAACACAACAACUGCCAACAAGGGAGGACCUGGCAUGGACCGCUGUGUCUAAAUGAAGUGGUUCAGCCAUGCAAUGUUCCUGGAAGGCAGUGAUUCUGCUGGCCUUGGCCUCCAUUGCCAUCCAGUACACGGCCAUCCGGACACUCACCUCCAAGCCUUUCCAGUUGUGCCCAUUGCCCAGCCCCCAGAACUGUGGUCUGGGGGGCCAGGAGACAGAACCUCCCUUUGAGCGUGGAGCAGCAGGCGGUGGAGGCUGCGAUGACUACCCUUACUUUUCCAUCAAUGCCACGCGUAAAACACACAUCCUGGUCCUGGCCACCACUCGUAGCGGUUCCUCCUUUGUUGGCCAGCUGCUCAACCAGCACCAGGAGGUAUUCUACUUGUUCGAGCCUCUUUAUCAUGUUCAGACUACACUAAUUCCACGCCUGUCACACAGUCGCAAUGCUGCAGACCGGCGUGUUAUGCUGGGUGCCAGUCGGGACCUCCUACGUAGCCUGUACGGUUGCGACCUCUAUUUCCUGGAGAGCUAUAUCAAGCCAACACCCACAAACCACACCACAGAUAAACUGUUCCGCCGUGGCGCUAGCCGAGCAUUGUGCCAGCAACCUGUCUGUGAUGCCUUUGGUCCUGCUGAUGUUAAUGUGGAGGAAGGGGACUGUGUCAAGAAAUGUGCGUCUCUAAACAUGACCUUAGCAACGGAGGCGUGCCGCGAGAAGAGGCACGUGGCAAUCAAAAUUGUCCGGGUGCCGGAGAUUGGAGAUCUACGCGCUUUGGUGGAAGACCCACGGCUGAAUAUUAAAGUGAUUCAACUCGUCAGAGACCCACGUGGUAUCCUGUCAUCACGGAUCGAGACUUUCAGGGAUACAUAUCGUCUAUGGCGUAUUUGGAGGGCCACGGGGCGAAGACCCUAUAAUCUAGACUUGAGUCAGCUCACUGUUGUGUGUGAAGACUUUCUCAGUUCUGUUUCAACUGGUCUUAGCCAUCCCUAUUGGCUGAAAGGGAAGUACAUGUUGGUUCGCUAUGAGGAUUUGGCUAAAAAUCCGCUUCUCAAGACAAAGGAAAUGUAUGACUACCUGGGGCUGCCUAUGGAUAAAAAUGUGGAAGACUGGAUACAUGCAAACACUCGGGGCAGCAAUGAGCCCUCAGCCAAACACAAGUUUGGUACAGUGAGGGACUCGGCAGCCAAUGCAGAGAGCUGGCGUUUGAAACUGUCUUAUGACAUGGUAGAAUACACACAGACUGUGUGUCAAAAAGUACUUCACCAGCUGGGAUACAAGGCUGUGAAAUCAGUAGAGGAACUGAAAAAUAUGUCCCUCUCACUGGUACAGGACAAAACUUUUGUAGCUUUUUUGUAACAAAGAUAGUUCUCUAAUGACUAUUUUUGAUAUAUUUAUAAUUGUUGCCUUAUAAUUUCCAUAGUUUGUCGGUUUUGUUUUCUGUAAUUCUGUUUCUUCAAAUUUGCACUAAACUUUAAAUAUUUUAAACGCACCAUGGGAACGUAUGGAUGAUUUCCCCAAUGUUGCAGAACAGCACACGUUAAACACAAAGUAAUCAAAUGAGCUAGUUUUUCAAAUGUGUUGUUAUUUAGUUGUUGUUGUUUUUUCCAUGAAUAGAGCUUAGACAAGGCACUGUCUUCAUUAAGGAUCUGUAUGCAAGCUGUUGUUCCAACAAAAGUCAAAUGUUGCCCUUUGGAAACAUGCAAUGGAGUUUUUGUUUUCUUAGACCUGUGACGGCAAAUUUGGACUGUACGAGCCCUACUGUGCAAUAAAUAGUGAAUGUCGCAGUCAACCUUUACCACUAUGGCAUUUCUAUCCAUGUGGGAAGAGAAGAGAUACUUUGACAGAUGCCACGCUUGCAAAGGAUAAUUACAGACAAUUAAUAGGCUCUCAAGUUAAAGGGACAGAAUCCCACUGGAGGUCACGAGUGUUUCAUCAGAAGAUUUACAACCAUCUGUGAUAGACAAACAGACACUAAUGAGAGGUAAUGCUAAAACCUUAAUUACUGUAGCUAUUUAGAGAACACAUGACAUCUUUAAGAUGAUUGCAGCAUCAAAAACACGCUGUAGAGUAGACACUGAAGCACUCUGAUGAAAAACUGUAUUUCUCCCUUUUAUUUAUUAUUACUUUAUUUAUUUUUUUCUUCAUUUAUUCGAAAUCAUCGUGUGGAAUUUACUCUGCCUUUUCUGUCUCUGAUUAAAAAUGUCUAUGCCAUUGUCAUCCUUUGAUAGUAAGACAUUCAUUCAUCACCUUUUUUUGUGUCACCUGAUGAGUAAGAUGACAUCCUAGAAUAAAAAAUAGCGUAUGUAUUCUCUCUCAAGUUAAAAAAAAUAAUACACUUCAACAGGGAAGAUGCCUUUGUACUGUAGACACCCUCAGAUUCUCAUUUUCCCAGCGUGUGUUGACAGUUUAUACUGUACAACACAGCCACAUUCGCAAAGGACAUCUACAGUAUGAGAUCACAGUAAUGACUGUCCAUAAUCUGGAACAAAUCCUCUGACCAUCAGAGUAGAGGUUUGCAUGCCGUUUCAACCAGGAGAUGUUCAAGGAUAGAAGAUCAAGGCCGAAAUAUCGUACACCGGAGUCAUGUGUCCUUCUUUUGUCCUUAAACACAACACUCCUUCAACAUACUGGACAAUUGCCAAAGCACUGAGCUGAAUAACACAAUGUUACUUCUUUUUCUUUUUUCUUUCUGAACAGAAACACGCUUUUUUGGUUUUCUCAACAUUCCUGAACUUAAGCACAAAAUAAAAUCCAAAAAAUGAUUUGCUGUAAAAUGAACCGCAUUAUUAACUUGUUUGUUAUUGGUGGACUCUUGGAGCAUUAAAUAAACCGAAAAAAUUAAUAUGGAUAUGGAGACCCACACACAGCUGGCACAAAACUCAAUGUUCUGGUAAACAUUCCCAGCAGUUGGUUUAAAUUUGACGCAGUGUUUACCAGAUUAUGCAGCGGUUAGUUUGGUACACUGCCUUUCCCGGUUAGUGUGCAGAAGACAGUGAACAUUUCAUGCUGUGCACUGUAUGUAGCAGCUUAAAUUGAAUGUCGGUUUGCAUUAUGUAGCACAGAAACUGUCUGGGAUGUGUGCACAAAACACAGCUGCACCCGUAAAACGCAGAGUAAACACUUUUUUGGAGUGACAUUGGUAAACACUCAGCACCGGGUGUUGCAUUUAAGAUUUAGACGACGAAACGGGACAGAUUCCUAAAGAUAGAUGGGACAGGAUGAACUGUUGGUACCAGUUUGUCACAGAAAAUAUUAAAUUAUUGUGCGAUUAGACCCAAAAAUGAGUUUUAGGAUCACAUGAAGAGACUAGCUGUGUUAAAAUGAAUUUAGGGAAACUGUAGCAACACUGUAGAUCUGAUAAAUGAGCAGGUGUACCCUGAGUACUGAUCAAAAUAAUGUCUGUCCUUAACACUGAUACAAAUGUCAGUACAUUUGUAUAUAAAAAUGUAUUCAUAAUAUAUAUUUUGUUCCACAUUUUUGGAUUCUUGUCAACCUUGACUCUAAAUUUCCAUUUGUCAAAUGGCGUCACUGCAGAUAACUGUGCGUUCAAAAAACUUGAGGCAAAGACUUCCAUUGAUUUCAAUGCAAUGACCACUUGUUUACCCAUAAGAUAUCAGCCCUGUGAAAGGAGCAUCACACACCCGGGCUCAUCAGUAUUGGUGACCGGAUGUCCAUUGUGAUGCAGAGCACAAACCUUUGAUCCUCCUCUGUGCCAAAGGCUUGGAGGCAAACUCCCUCUCUCCUUUUCCCUCCCUCUCUCUCUUUGCCUGUGCUUUCUCCAUCAUCCACCUCUUUCUUUCUUACAGAGAUCUCAGGGGGAUUGUUCCUUUGGUUCAAUGCUCACUCUCUGUUUUUCACUUUACCUCUGAAUCUUCGAGAUGUGCCCGGCAUACUUUUAAUUUUAAUUUAAAAAUCUAAAAAAAAAAGGCAGCAAAGCUGGGCUCGAGCACAUGCACGUGAGCUCUUUCGGCAAUUAAAAGAAUAACCUGAUAUUUUGUGAAUCAUGUUUAAUGGUUUCCUGUCUGAGAGUUCAGAGAUCGACGCCGCUGUCAUGUCUGUAUGUUAAAUAUGAAGCUGCACUCAGCAGCUGGCUGGCUGCACAAAGACCGCAAAAGAAUUAACCACCACCUCCACUCCGUCUGGCUCUAUCAAAAUCCACCUAUGAGCACCUCUAAAGCUCAAUAUUUAAGACAUUACAACUCAUCUGCUUAAUCUCUACAAAAACUGAAGCGUAAAAACAUUAAUUCACCAUUUUCCCAGGGGUAUUUUCUUGGCUAGCCCUCCCCCGUUUCCAGUCUUUGUGCUACCUCUAAGCCAAUUGGCUGCUGGUUGUAGCUUCAUAUUUAAUAAGCAGACAGCGGGUGGUAUCAAUCGUCUCAUCUCACUCUCUAACAUUUUCUUUGUGAAAUACUGUUGGGCAAACUAUUCUUUGAAAAGCAAAUGGAACACGGUCGUAGAGGCUGUUGUAUGUCUUUCAGCCUUUAACCUGUCCAUGGUACCAGUAAAUCUCUCUUUAUGGGCUUUAAUGCAUUCAAGCAUGCAUCAGCAACUCCAGCUCCAGCUGAAAGCUAAAACUGGAUUGUGUUUUUGCUGUGUCAUUUAUAUCUCAUUUACUUACUGUAAAAUAAUGAGAGCUAACGUAAUUGGACAGCUCAUCAAUUGUGCUACGUCUGAGUGAUGUCCUCACCUUUUGAACUGACGCUCUUAGUUUAACUUCAUUUGGCUUCUUAUGCUGGACAGUUUGCUCGUAAUGGUGCCCUUCUUCCACGUGUCUGUCCCUCCUUCCCCUUGCACACAGUCUGCAGCCUGCUUCCCAUGUGUCGGUGUGUCUCUGGGCCCUCGCUGAGCUUCUCCCGUGUCCCAGGGCUGAACAUAUGGUUCACAAGCCCCUGAAAGAAAGUACAGAAAAUCCCUCUCUCUCCAUGUCUCUCCCUCCCUUUCUAUUCUCAUCCCUUCAUAAUGUGACCUUAAUAGUCUGACCCUGUGUAACUGCAUGACAAGAGAAGGAAGAUAUUUUCUUCGAUGUGCCCGCUGUUUACUGAGCUGAGCUGACAGGACACAUCCGCUCACUAAGACUACUCGUUAGUGAGCAGAAGCUGCUGGAAGAGGAUAUUCAGGAAUAAAGUGAUCAUAUGAACAAAGGAAAGUCAGGGGAUGAAUAUCUGCUGUUAGCACUUCACACGUUUUUGUUUUUGUGUCUGCGUGUGUGUGUGUUUGCAUCUGGUCUAGCUACUCGGUGGGACGCAGUCUAGUUGUGAUAUGAAAGGCUCAAAGAUCUGAACAAAUCAUGUGAGUUAUGACACUCAAACGUGUCAUUGUCAGUGCUGUAGCCAAAGCGGACAGCGUGUAUAUGUGAUGUAACGCGCAUUUCCACGUCCUGAAAAAUCGCAUAUUGUCUUUGACUCCCUCAACACGUCACCUCUGCGGAUGAUGAUUUGCGACGGCGUUUGCCUCCGAGCAGCAUGGAUGAUUCAAUCGGUUGUUGCUCAGGUGACUUCUUUUUUUUUUCUCCCCCCCUUUCACCGAGCUGUCAGUGAGAUGCAAUCAAAACUAUUCAUGUGAAAAUCACGAGCUCGUUUUGUUCGGGCUUCUUUUUUUUUCUGCGCAGUUUGUCCAAGUUUUUGUUUGAUUGCUGGUCAAAUGGCAGGCAGGAAGAAGGCGGGGAGGGGGGUGGGGGUGGCGUUUGGGCUUUUUGCUUUAGAGGCGAUAUGGGCAGCUUAAUUGAAGCUGUCAGCAGGUCAGCGUAAGAGAGGCGUAGCAACCAGGUCGUUAUGUAGUUAGAGCGCCAUGAUAGUUUUAAUAGGCAGAACAGCUUUGAAAUGAAACGUUCAAACAUGAAAUAUUCUCUGUAACACGCAAACAGGAACAGUUCUCCUUGUGGGUGAUCAUAUUUUGUGGUCGGAUUAAAUUCAAAUCCCAAUUUCAAUUCAUAUUUGUGACAUUAAACCGCUCAACACACACUAAAGAUUAGUCGGUGUCUGUCACUGCAUUGUUGCUGGAUACGUUUAAUGUUGCACGAAGCAUGCUCCUGGCACAUCUCUGAAAUGAA